AUUGCAGUUUGACAGUGCAUGUUGGAUCCGAGACACAUACGGCCACCACCGUUACUGGAGCGCGCAAGCAUUCGAGCUCAGUCGCACAGUUGCGCGAAGACUAGAAUUGUAGAAGUAGAGAGUGCAGACGUCAGUCACCUCAUCUGAAUAGUCUCAUUACGUUCCGCUCGGCUGAACCCGUUUCACAACAGAAUCUGAGUGUUGACGUAGGGCAGAAAGAUUUCUAGAACUACCGGUCUACUCUAUUCCCGGUUUUGGUCGCUGGAGAACUGGACGUGAGAUGGGGCGAAUGACAUGGAAGGGUCACCAGCUGGUGGUGCUCCUGGUUUUCUUGUGCACUGUCGUGACGCUGAGUUCAGGGCAGAGAGUAGUAGGAGCUGACGGAGCGACGCGCUCGCCCAUUCAAACUGGAACCUCUGAUACAUGCAUGACGUCAUGGUUACGUCAUUCGUUCCCUAAUGACAAUGAUCAGUCCACGAGGAGGUACGAACAACUGAUGGGUGAAUUCUUGCCACCCGUUGAUCAGCGGACGCUUUCGACAACGAGCAAGUUGCUACUGUCUGCUAUCCUUGGCGGGGAUGAGAGAGUGUCAAGAUUUGCUACAUGUGCUGAUGGUCAGUGUGAACAUCCGUCUCCAUGCCAACACGGUGGUAAAUGUGUGUACGCUAGUGUUGAUGGUAACACUCCUCAGCUGAAGCAGUACAAGUGUCAAUGUAGACCUGGAUACGCUGGACGACAAUGUGAACUCGUUGUAUCAGCCUGCAUCACACGGAGGUCAUGCAUGCACGGAGGACGUUGUGAGCGAUCUGGAUCACACCAUUACGUAUGUCACUGCCCACCAUUCUACUAUGGACAACAAUGCCAGCACAGAUUUGGUAUCGAGGAGUUCGAAAACAUGACAUCGUCGCUGACCAAGUUUAACCAUCGGCUCAACACCGUUGAGACGAAAUCAGCACGAGCAUCUCAGAGAAAUGCCAACACCAUAACGACCUUCCUGCGUCGUCUUGAAGCGCGCCUCAGCACCAGACUUGACACACAAGAUGCAAAAAUCAGUCAACUGCUCUCCCAACAACAAGCUACACAAGAGGAUCUGAACAACACACGUGCUAUGCAAGUACAAGUGGUUUCCGAUCUCAGAGCCAAAGACCGCACCCUGGAGGCAAUGUUCACGACCAAACUCGCAGAACAAGGAACAAAGAUAUCCCAUCUAACAACAGGACAGCAAACGAUGCAACGCCAGCUAAACCAGAGAAUGGACAAUGGCCUUGCCUCUGUGCGACAGCAACAAACUGCACUGAUGAACAGCCGCAUUUCCCAAUCGGAAAGUCGAAGUAACCAGAAUAUGGAUUCUCGUCUUGGGCAGCUUGAAACUGAACUAAAUCAAAGAAUGGAUGACCGAGAUUCACAUCUACAGAUGCAGGUGAAGAAGAACUCUCUCAAACUCGCUAGUUCAUGUAAGGAAAUUCAGCAACUCUCAGACUUCACAGCCUCCUCAGGCCUGUACAAGAUUUUUCUGCUCCAGCGAGGGAGGACAUCAACCAAGGAGGUCUACUGUGAUAUGAAUCACUACGGUGGUGGUUGGACAAGAAUUGCCUACAUCAACCCCACGCAGCAGGGCGGUUGUCCCGGCAACAUGACAUUUCAAAACCUUCAAGUCAAGCUGUGCACUAAACAACUCAGCAAUGGAGGUUCAUGUGAUGGUGCCACCUUCCAGUCACCUAUUGGACAAUACAGUGAAGUAAUGGGUUUCGUCACUGGUUAUCGGGACAACACUGUUGAUGCAUUUCACGAUGGACAUUAUUACAAUGUCUCGUUGAACGGCUGGUAUAUGGAUGGAGUCUCUAUCACACAUGGUUCUCCUAUGCAACAUAUAUGGACAUACACCGCUGGUCGUGAUGACUCUCACCGUAACAGUCACUGUCCGUGUAGUCCCCUGGCCGGUCCACAACCUCCAUCAUAUGUCGGUAGUCACUACUAUUGCGCAGACCAUGGACCUGCAUACAUGCCCUGGACAUUCACUCCAGCCGCACAUGCAUGGAGCAACACCAGUCAAUGUACUGCUGGUGGUACAUGUUGUGACAACACAGAUAUGCCAUGGUUUCAUCGUCAACUCGACACUAGUACCUCUGAUCAAGUACAAAUGCGCAUUUGUGUAAGUGAGGCCAGUUGGAAUGAAAAUGUUGGCAUUGAUGAAGCUGCCCUCUUUGUAAAAUGAUUUUCUUCCACUACUUUUCCAAUGCUCUUGCCUGAGAAUUACAAUCCUUGCCAACCAAGCCACGAAAUUUAUUGUACUUGCUCGGCAGCACUAUUUCUAUAAUUUUCUAGCAGUAGUCAUGUCAAGCAAUAGAACCAUAAUUAUCAUUGGCUCUCAGCUGCCUAUCUAGCUUAUAUACGUGGUAAUUUCCUUCUUUACUACUUCGAAAUAGUUAUGUACUUUGCAGCUGAUUUGAUAAUCCACAUCUUAUUUUUAUUUCAUCGCACUUGUAUCUUCAUUACGUGAAUGUUACAUAAUCAUUAUGAAAGUCAUAGUAAUUCUAUGCAUUUUCUGGUUUUUCUCAAUCACAAAGUGUCCGUUUAAUG